UAUGUGUUCACCUCAAGGGCCUUGAGAAUUAAGUACACAGAACCAUCACCAACUUUCUUCAAUAUGGCUCAUCACCUUCACUCGCUACUCCUCCUCGCAUCUAUCUUGAGCUUGGCUGGCCAUGGGAACUCCGACCUGGCGGCGGACCAGGCGGAGUGCACCGACAAGCUCAUCGGACUCGCAACGUGCCUCCCGUUCGUCCAAGGCGAGUCGAAGUCGCCGACGCCGGAUUGUUGCACGGGGUACAAGCAAGUGACGGCCAAGAGCAUCAAGUGCCUUUGCGUUCUGAUCAAGGACAGGGACGAUCCUUCACUUGGGCUGAAUAUUAACGUUAGCAUGGCCAUCUUGAUUCCUUCCAAGUGUGGCGUGCCUACCAACGUCUCCACCUGCACGAGUCUUCUAAAGCUUCCUCCUGACUCAAAAUAUGCUAAAGAAUUCCAGCAAUUUGAGAGCAUACUUGAAGGGAAAAGCAAAAAUGUGAAUUCUACAGAACCAGGAAAAGUCGUAGGCAGCACUCCUGCUCCCACGAGUGACGGAAGAAGAGAAAAGUUCUUCGGAGUGGAAAUGUUUCCUCUUUUAGUACUUGUGCUGUUCUUGGUCUUUGGAAGUUAGAACCACCAAACUUUUUUUCCUUUUACCCCCUUUUUUUAAUUUUAAUUUUAAAUUCUACCGAUUUUUAAUAUUGGCUACUUGUGCCUUAUAUUGUGUCUAUGACUCUAUGACGCUUCAUUUCUUGUGUGUGAAUUGUAAGUGUAUUCAUGCAUGUACCUCGUAACUCACGAGAGUUGUACUUUUAUUGAUCCAUCAGAUUAGUAAUAAUGCUUCGUGAUGUUUGAUGAA